GAUUCUUACCAAAGGGUUUCCGCGCUCCAAAAUCUAUAAAAAGGCCUCUCCUCAUUCUCCAAAUUCCAGAGCAUUCAAAAUCUGCUUCGUUCGUGCCGAGAGAUUUGUAGAGGUUUCCAGAACCCGGGGAUUUCCCGAUUCUCAGUUGUUGAGUCUUUGCCGAUUUCGAUCUCAACAUGAAGAAAUCGUCUUCCAAGAACUCGAUUUCCUCGCAGGAUUCCUCAACCCUUCCGUCAUCGUUGGCCCCCCUCGCCCUCCAAAUCCACCGCUCCGGCGAUCUGCGCCUCGUCUUCGACAAAUACGAUUCGAACGGAGAUGGGAAGAUCUCGUCGGCAGAACUGGAAUCGAUGCUUCGUUCCUUUGGCAGCUCGGACCCCGUCGAGGAGGCCGAAUCCAUGGUGAGAGCGGCCGACUUGGACGGAGAUGGGUACAUUAGCUUGGAAGAGUUCUUGUCUGUCAAUGUGGCGGAAAAGGAUUCUAGCAAGUGUCUGGAAGAUUUGAGGAACGCCUUUGAUUUGUUUGAUCAUGACAAGAACGGGCUGAUUUCGGCGGAAGAGCUGCACCAUGUUAUGCUAGCGAUCGGGGAGAAGGCGUCAUUGAACGAUUGUCAGCAGAUGAUUAAGGGCAUUGAUCAGAAUGGCGACGGGGCUGUGAAUUUCGAUGAGUUUUUGCGGAUGAUGACCCAGUCGGCUACUUGAUUUCUUUCUUUUUGUAGCCCGAUUGUCUUCUUGAUUUCUUUCUUUUUGUGGAUGAUGGCUCGAUCAUCUGCUUGAUUUCUUUCUUUCAUCUGGCUUGAUUUCUUUCUUUCAUCUGGCUUGAUUUCUUUUCUUUUUAUGGAUGAUGACUCGAUUGGCAGGUUGAUUUCUUUCUUUUUGUGGAUGAUGAUCCGAUCGUUUGCGUGGUUUCCAAUACAAACAUUGCCAUUGAUAUCUGAAUUGGAUAUACUCUUUGAUGAA